AUGUGUAUUCAUUUGUGCAAAGUUUCAAGUUGAAAUUCAACAUUUCAGGUUUUCAGGAAAAACCAGUACCACAGGAGAAAAUUCACUUGUAAUUCAAAUAUCCCAGAAACGAAGGACCAUGGGCACGAAUGCUUUUAGGGUUUUCUUAGUCUCAACAAGGUCUGUCAAUGGCCAAAAUAUGGAGUCGAAAGCGCUAGAUUAGUUGGGGUAGUUCCCUCGUAAGAUUCGCUUAAAAAAUAAGCUCUUUUAACUUAACAUAGCGGAAGAAAGGAAGUUUUAGAACGUUCUCUAGCUGAAUGAGUACGAUGUGUUAUUUUUCUUCAAAAUAAUACAAAUCCCAACUCAAUAUGUUUUGAUCUCGACCAAGUUCGAAAGGAUUUUGUGAGUAGUACGGAACUGUUGUUUAAAAAUGAUAGUUUUUGUCGGUGUAGUUAAGAAAAGAAAAGAUUUUCUCCCCAAACACCUCUGGUUUUGAAAAAUGCUAAAUAUAGCCAUUUGAUAGAGCUUUCCAAGGGCUAUAAGAUGACUGUCUUCUCGUCUUUAUACUUCAAAACAUGAAAGAUAAAAAUCGAAAAAGAGGUUGGAAAGCGAUAGAAGUUAAAGUUUCGCAGUAUUAUCCCCAUAGCCUUUUUAUUGUUAAAAUAGGAAACAAAAUGUUCAAUACGUUUUUUGGAGAGAAUUUAAAGGUGCAUCUUUUGAAAGAAGUUUAAGAUUGAACAAUGUAAUGGAGAAGAUUUAUGUCAAAAAUACGGAGAUGGUCAUUAAUAAAUACCACGGCAUCCGUAAUAAAUAAAAUUUAUUUUACCUGAAAAGCCGUUAUAUGUUUGAAGGGUGAGGGCUGAAUACAUGAUCCGAAUACAAAUGUAAAUAAUGAUUCUCGUUCAGAAAAACACGUUGAUUCGUUAGAAGAAGGAGAGGUGUGAAAUGAAGAUUGAACACCGAUUUGAGUGAAUACUGAAUAAUUUCUGGAUGAAGUUAGAUGUACUUUGUACUCAUAAUGAGUACACGAAUUUAAAUUGUUCAGUAUAUAAACAUGUUCGUCCGAUAGUCGAGGUUGAAAGCGAUGAGUGAUCCAAUCUGCUUCAACUUCUUUUGUUAAUAUUUGAUAGCCAAAAUCGUCUGUGUUAUUCGUGCAUACAGAAUCACAGUAAAUCCAAAUUUUAAUUUGUUGAUCAGUAAUACAAAAUGAUUGGAACAUGGUAAUGAGACAUUGUUAUGAAACACUUUGCUUUUAUACAAUAUAGAAUCCUUAUUAUCUAGGAUGAUGGUAUGGAAAUCUAUGAUUCAUCUAUUUCUGUCUGGAAAAAAUAUGUUGGAUCAAAAAAUCCCACUCUAUCUAGUUCUGAUUUUGAUAAUGAAAAACAAUUUUAUUUUACAUUUGAUUAUGGAAAACAUGUUUCUUUCUUUGUUCUAGAUACGCGUGCAUAUGCUUCACCCAUUUAUCAACAAGAUAGUUCUGAUAAAACAAAACUAGGAGCAAAACAAUUACAAGUACUAUUCAAAUGGUUAAAAGAUUCAACUUCAACGUUUAAAUUUCUUGCAUCACCUGUGGCAUGGGCUCAAAGAGUUGGCAAACUUUUGCCACAAAAGCCCGAUAUUUGGGCAAAUUAUUUAUUUGAGCGUAAUAAAAUUUUUGCUUAUAUCGCGGAAAACAACAUAACCGGUGUUAUUUUAUUAUCGGGCGACUUACAUUGGUCUCACGUAUUCGAAAUCAACUCUUACCUGUACGAAUUUGGAACAUCGCCGAUGCAAACUUUUGGUUUACCAAAAUGGAUUCACAAUGAUGUUAAAGAGGAAAAAUUGCUAUUUGUGCAAGAGUGGAAGAAUACAUUCGGACAAAUUCAAAUUCUAAAAGAUGAACAAACAAAAGAACUUGUAGUGCAUUAUACGCUGUUUGGAUAUUAUUAUUUGUAUCCGUCUCCAGUUUAUGAGUUAAAAUUACGCGAAUCACAAUUAGUUCCAAAACCGUACAAUAAACACAAUUUUACAUAA